AAUUCCAGAGCGCACGCGUUCUCAACUUUAGUUCUUUGCGAGUGGCCAACGCGUUCGGUCGUCGUGCGUGGUCGUCUGAAAACGUCUGAAACCGGAGUCGAAUCGAAGUUAUAGCAACAGCUGAAGACUCGAGAAGCAUUGCAGCUGUAUUCUUUAUCUACAUCCGAGUAUCUGUGCGCAUCCCGUCUUUGUGUCUCAGUCUUUGUGUGUGCCCGUUGUGCGUGUUGGCCAGUUGAUUUCGGGCCCGUCAAACUGGGAGCGACAACCUAAUCAAUCAGUCACUCAAUAUGGCCGGUAUUUCUAAGAGCCGCGGCAGCUGCUCCUCCAGAAACAGGCUGCAUCUUCCACUGGGAUCGCUGCUCUUCGUGAUCGCCUGCUGCCUGCUGGCUUCAACAUCGUGCUCGGCUCAGCCAAUCGAGUCAACGACCUUCACUCCAGAAGAGGAAGAAGCCACCACGUUACUUCCUGUCCAGUUGGAGGAGAGUUCAUCUACGCCGGAACCAACGAUCCAGAAUGCCACUACCACUACUCCUGCUCAUCCUGUAGAGGAUCCCAAAGUUGAGGAAGCUAUUCCUGCUGAUUCUGUAGAGACAACAGACAAUUUUGUAUCGGUCUACGGGGGAACUUUAGAGCAGGAUAUCAAGAAUGACGUGAACAGUGAGGUGGAAGUUGCACGAUCUCCGGUGGAACCAAUUAUUGAAGAUGUUCAAAAGGCGGUGGAAGCCGUACUUGAAAAUCAAGGGAGUGAGGCAGCAGUCCAAAGUGCUCGCGAACCCAAAACUCUUGAUGAUGAAGAGGAGAACAAGCCGAUCCAGGACGGAGGGUCGGAGGACCAAGCGGAACCAGAGGCAGUAACAGACAACAUUGCCGUGUCCAGUGAGCAUGAGGAAAGUACCAGCAGACCAUUACCGAGCAUUACUAGUGACCUGGUUUCUGUGAUCCUCAACGAAGAUCGUGCCAUUACUGAGCAACCCAUCACCAAAACCAAUCUUUUGGCCUUAGAGAAGGAGCACGAGGAUUUCGAGAGAGAGGAGAGCACUCCGGUUCCAAGCUUUGAGGACACCAAGCACCAAGUGACCAAGAAACAAGGCGUGGAAGACCCUCUCCCCGUUGAAGUGGCACCGGAAGUGCCCGAGACUGACCAUUCCGCGGCAGUUCAGACUAUCCCUGUCCGUGAGGAACGGGAAUUUAAGGAGGCCAAUGACAACCAAAAUGAUAUCAACGAUAACACUAUUGAAGGCGAUGAUGAGACGUUCACCAAAACUUCGACUUCAUCACCACCUUUAGUCAACGUUGAACCCACUCAGUCAGUUCCUGAGCUAAAAGAAGCGAUCGAGAAAGAAGCUGAGGCUGAAGCCAAGGCGGAAAUCGAGGCACAAGUGGAGGGCAUCACUCCUUCGGACGAGACAGUUGUGGAGGCCGCAGAUCCAAAAGAAACAAAGCCAGAAGAGGAUAUUGCUGAUAAAACUAAGGAUGUUGCUGAGGAGGAUGAAGUUACAGAUCAACCAAUUAUCACAGAAGCUGCCGAGAUAAGCGAAGAGGAGUCCAAGGAAGAAGUUUCAGAGCAGCAAAUUGAUCAGAAGCGAACACCUGUCACAGAAGAUGCCAAGAUAAGCGAAGAGGAACCAAAGGAAGAUGUUUCAGAUCAACAAACUGAUCGAAAGGGUCCCACUGUCCAGACAUCUUCAGAGGACACCCAUGAACCAAUCUCCACAGAGGAGUCAGUAAAGGAAGAGGGCUCGCUCAAUGUCGAUGGUGAAUCCGUGGAGGAGAAAGAAAGCGGAGAAUCGGAUGAAAAACCAAACGAACGAACAGAAACAGAUGACCAUUCCUCGGAAGAAGAAAAGAAGCCUGUUGCGGGUGAAGCAAAGCCCUCCUCCGACGAUAGCACCGCCACUCCGCUGGUCUCCUAUCCACCACACGAUGCUGGCCAGACCUUCGAUAGCAACUCGGCAGACGAGCACUCGGCCCAGCUCUCGGGAACUUCCAACUACCGAUCCACCCUGAUCAUCGCCCUGUGCUCCGGCACCGCUGUGGUCUUCAUCGUGGCCUCACUGGUGAUCUUCGUAGUUUCCUUCCAACGGCAGCACGGCACCUUGGACAUCGAGAUGCAGGAACAGCGGCUGGGCAAAGAUGUCCAGGACGAGGAUAAUGCCCAGAUGAAGCUGCUGGAUGUGGAUCUCUCAUCGCCUGUCAUUUUGACGAUGGGCAAUGAGGAGACCGACGAAUGCCUGUAGACUCUCUCAGCACCAUGAACACUAUGGUGCCCUGUAAAUAUUUAUUAACUUUGAGAUUGAGAAGAGGACUUCAGCCUGCUCCUCCGGCUGGCUGUUCAUUUUGGUUUCUAAAUUGUUGACUGAGAGCAGCUGCAAGCAAAUCAAGCGAAAUAUCGAAUCGAAACGAAAUCAUUUGCCAUACUGUUUAAUUUUAAAUGCACUUUACCCUCUAAGAUUUUGCAAAAGUUUGACAAAAAUAUUUAUAUUUAGACACUUUUUUUAGAAUUAAGCCCAUUUUUAUUGAGUCUGAUGAGAAGUCAGAAUAAAUAUAUUCAAUUGGUCAA